AUGGCUGCCGCUGAUCCUGCUCCAGCGCUAGUCGCUCUGGACAAUGCGAUCGCGCAGAUCGAUCUCCUCGUCUCCCGCCUCACUGCGUCGUCCGCCUCCUCAGCUGACGUUCCCGUUGCCACUCAGCCGAAGACAGCAGCAGCUGGAAGCAACGGCGAAAUACAGUCGUCAGAAAAAGGAAAAGCAAAAGCUGCGAAACCAGCGGCGCAAUCAUCAUCUGCUUCUGCGUCAGGAGGAGAAAACGUAGAAAAUUUCGACAAAUGUGACAUCAGGGUGGCGCGGGUGCAGGCGGUGGAGCCCCACCCCGUGGCGGAGAAGCUCUACGUCUGCCAGGUGGAGGUCGCGCCAGGGGAGGUCCGCCAGGUGGUGGCUGGCUUGAGGAAAUUCAUCUCGCAGGAGGAGCUGCAGGGGCGGCUGGUGUGUGCCGUGUGCAACCUCAAGCCCGCCAAGCUGGCCGGGCAGCCCAGCCAAGCCAUGAUGCUCGCUGGCUCGCACCCUUCUGCCGAGGCUGAGGCCGGGGAGAUUGUCAAGCUCAUUGAUCCGCCCCAAGAUGCGGCAGUGGGUGAUCGAGUCUGCAUCCAGGGUCGGCCUGCGAGUGCAGCCCCAGUGAAGCAGCUCAGCUCCAAAGUGUGGGAGAAGGUCGCAGGGCUGCUCCGCGUGCAAGGAGGAGCUGCAACAUAUGAUGGGCAGGCUCUGGUCACGGGGGCGGGCGGAGGCAUCACAGUGCAAGGCCUAGUUGAUGGCAGGGAUGGGCAUUUGACAAAAGAGGGGCAUUUGCCGACGGAGGGGGUGAUAAGACUUAUGAACGUGGAUGUGCCGUUGCAUACCGACCCGGGCAAGGAUGACGUGGCAGUGAGUGAUGGGCUGGUGCGGGCGGCAGCUUCGGCGCUGCAUGUGCGCCCGGAGCAUCUGCCCCCGUCUGCUCUCACCGUCGUGCGCAAGUCGUUCGACGCCCGCAAGGUGUGUAAAGGGUUUAGAGCGGUACUUGGUGGCAGGGAAAGUUUGGGCGCUGCAUGUGCGGGCGGAGCACCUGCCCCCGUCUGCUCUCACCAUCGUGCGCAAGUCCUUCGACGCCCGCAAGCGGGGUUGCUGGCAGCGCUCGUACUAGCAGAAGCAGGCGAGCAGGUGACAGUGAUAGAACGGGGUCAGCCCGUGGAGGAGCGGGGGCGAGACAUCGGCGCUCUAGCCGUGCGGCAUGUGUUGAAUCCUGAUAGUAACUUCUGCUAUGGGGAGGGUGGUGCUGGGACGUGGAGUGACGGUAAACUGACGACCAGGAUCGGGAAGAAUAGUCAGGAUGUGAGGGAGGUGUUGAAUGUGCUGGUCAGGAUGGGCGCUCCCGAACGUAUUCUUGUGGACGGGCGUCCGCACCUGGGCACCGACAGGCUCGUGCGCAUCCUGCAGCAGUUCCGGGCCUAUUUGUUAGGUUUGGGCGUGGAGAUCAGGUUCGGCACCGUGGUGGAGGAUUUGGAGGUUCGGAACGGGCGGGUGGCCGGGGUGCGAGUGAGGCCGGCUGGGAGUGCGGUGGGAAGCGGUGCAGAGGGGCGGAGUGUGAUAGCUGCGGAUAGGGUGCUGCUGGGGGUGGGGCACUCAGCCAGGGCAGUGUUUGACAUGCUGCUGUCUCACAACGUGCUGUUGUCUCCCAAGGACUUUGCUGUGGGCUUUCGCAUCGAGCAUCCCCAGCGCGAAAUAAAUGCCAUUCGGGUAAGGCUUUCGAGACUGUUUGACAUGCUCCUCCUAGGGGUGGGGCACUCAGCAAGGGCGGUGUUUGACAUGCUGCUGUCUCACAACGUGCGGCUCUCCCCAAAGGACUUUGCUGUGGGCUUCCGUAUCGAGCACCCCCAGCGCGAGAUCAACGCCAUCCGAGGCAGCAUGGACGUGGAGGCAGCAGUGGCGCGCGGCAAGGGGCCCAUCCCCGUGGCUGACUACUCCCUCGCAGGACAGUUCUCCCCCACUGCCAGCAGCACCAGCCGUGGGCAGCAGGAGCGCAGCUGCUACUCGUUCUGCAUGUGUCCGGGCGGGCAGGUGGUGUGCACGAGUGUGAGCGCAGACGAGCUGUGUCUCAACGGCAUGUCCUUCUCCCACCGCUCCUCGCUCUGGGCCAACGCUGCUCUGGUUUCUUCCGUCUCCUCUGCUGCUGGCGACUUUGACGAGUUUACAAGGGAGCACGGCGCGCUAGCAGGCAUGGAAUAUCAGGUAUGUUGGAGUGGUUUCUGA